AUGGCAUUGCCUGUGAGUUCUGUCUUGCAUUUCUUAGCAUGUUAUUCACUGCAUACGUGUAGUCGAGAUUCUUUACAGAGCAAUUCGUGUUACCAGAAUUCCCACCAAGCAAGUUGUCAAGGCCACUGCAUUUCUGAUUACCAAAGACACCUGAGCCAUUCUGAUCAGGACAUGGCAUCCCUGAAUUGUGCCCAGAUGAGCCCAUGUUACCAAGACACUUCAUCAGACUGUUGGCCACACUGUUUGCAAUGUGCUUUGCUAUACCAUUUUGCAUGUUAG